UUCUUCUCUUCGGAGUAGAAAAUAAAAACCUAAGAAAACUCUCUACACCGCUUUCCAUCGCCAAAACCCUUCUUUCUCUCUUACUCUUCUCGCCAUGAAGAAGCUAUGUAGGAAAAGCACCGUUCAUCCAUCGCCUCCUAUUAUUUCCGACUUCCUUUCCUUUUUACCCGCUGCUAUAUUCGCCCUCACCCUCGCUCUCUCUGCCGAUGACAAAGAAGUUCUAGCCUAUCUCAUCUCUUGUUCCAACUCCACUGCUUCUCUCUCCAACUUAUCCGGCGGUCGUAAGAACGGUCGGAAAAUCGCCGCCUUGAAAGUCGGUGUCGAUCACGCUCCGCUCUUUGACUGCGAUUGUUUCAUGUGCUAUCGACGAUACUGGGCGAGAUGGGAUUCGUCUCCUAACCGGCAACUUAUUCAUGAAAUAAUCGAUGCUUAUGAAGAUGGAUUAACGAAAUCGAAAGCCACAACGAGCACACAGAGGAAUUGCAAAAAGGAAAGACGAAAGAAGAACAACGAAUCAGGUAGCGGUGAAUCAAGCUCAGGGAAAGGGAAAACAAACGAGGUGUUAUUGGAUUCUGUGCAGGAGACCGGGAGACAGAGGAAUGAAAAAGAGGAGGAGGAGGAAGAAGAAGGAGAAGGGGAAGAAAGAGGAUCGGUGAGAAGAUUCGUGAGUUUUGUAGGUGAGAAAAUUUGGGGUGCUUGGGGUUAAUCAAAAUUGAACAAUCGCAAAGGUAGAUUUCUUCUUUAUCUUCUUCUUCUUCUUCUUUUAAUCAUCUAAGAAGAUGGAGAACAUAGGGGUCUGUUUUUGGUUUCUCUGUUUUGAAUUUUUGUUUGCUCUGCUCUCUGUAAAUUACUUCCCCUUGUAAAAAAAUGAAUGAUUAUAACAUAAUCUCUAUAUAAUUUCCACUCAGGAAAAUCUUCUCCA